CCUUGUAACAGAGGAGCAGAAUGAAAAGGAAAGCGCGUUUCUGGACCAUCCGGGCUUCCGUAGGCAGCAGGAGCGAAGCAGCCACAUCCUGAGAGCAUCCUUUCCUUUGCUUUCUUAUCAUCCUCACCAAAACACAGCGGGAUGACGGGAAAUCAUGAGGAUAGCAUCUCUUUACUCACCGGUUUGCGGUAGAAUAUCGUUACGGGUUACGUUAGCCGUUUGGCUAGCGUAAUGCUACACAACAUGAGGCUUUUUUCCUGAUGAAGAGCACACAUAAUAGCCUGUCUGUGGAAACGAAAAGAAUAUAGUUACCCCUAGCAGAGCGAGCUGGGCUGAGCCUCUAGCUUUUUAGUGGGGUUUCUUUUUGUUUUGUCUUUUUUGUACAAAUUAGCAACAUUUUUAGCAGUAAAAAGCUCAUUGACAGUUUAUUUAUUUGAAUCUUUUUCCUCGGCUGAUGUGAAUGAAAUCAGUGGUGCUCCAGUAAAGAUGAUGCACAGAUAGAAGUGUUCGCUUGACAACAUCAAGGUGCCUGAGACUUUCCUGGUUUAAGACUACCAGCAGAGGGGACAGUAUUUUGGAGAUCACCAACCAACAAACUCUGCGAGUCUGAGUGACCUGAGGCCAUAAGAAGAGGACAUCUUGACUGAAAUGUCUGCUGACCCUCUACUCUACACUGAUGAAUGUUUGUCGGCAGCUUCCAGUUGUGCGCCAUCACCGGGAUCACUUAUUAAGUUUUAAGCGUUAGUCGUUGGACUAAUUGGACUGGCUUUUAACAUUGGGAUACCACAUUGCUGCAGCAGCAUCUUGACUCUGGGAUAGUGACUAACUCAACAUAUGAUCACAUGCCAAAUAUCAGCAAAGUUUAAUCUGAAAUUGGGGCCUCAUGUCUUAGAUUACACUGAAUUUACCAUUAGUACUUAUUUGCUAUAUCUACAUUUAAGUACAUUAGUGAAUAAGCAUAAAUUCCUGGAUCAAGGUUCAUCUCACCCAGGGAUUGAGGCUGAUUAAAACUUUUUAGUACUUUUGUCAUGCAGGGAAUCUGGCACAAACUGGCAACUCAGACUUUAGGUGUAGCUGACUGUGUAGCCUGCCUAUCCUCAUUAAUGACCCCAUGACCCCUGCAGAAAUCAGAUAGUUGGGUGUCAGCUAACCACAUCUCCUUAUCAGAGAUCUGAUAGCAGCUGAUUUUGCCCACAUGGCCGUCCAGAUGAGCGCAUGCCUGUAGCCGCGCUAUCGUUGUCGUGGCUGGCCGUCGCAGGACGGUCAUCUUCCUCGGCCAUGACCCGGCUGAUGUUGGGCCGGACUUUGGAGCGCAUCUGUAAAGGCGUCCUGCUGCUCUGCCUGCUCCACUUCCUCAUCAUGAUGAUCCUGUACUUCGACGUCUACUCACAGCGCUUCGACCUCUUCAGCCGCUUCAACAAUGGCCGCAACGGAUCCAGGAAUAAUGUCAGUGGAGCAGCAGGGAACGGACAUCAUUAUUACUAUUACAACCUUUCCAGGCCCAACGCAACGUUAGCCAGCUACCUGGCCACAGGCGAACAGCUGAUGCCAAGUGUGCAGCCCGAGACCAGUCAGACACCUUCCCCCAAACCGCUGCCGCCAUGCCCUGAGAACCCGCCUGGCCUCGUGGGGCGUUUGUUGAUCGAGUUCAGCUCCCAGAUGACGAUGGAACGAGUGCAGAAAGAAAACCCCAACGUGACGGUGGGAGGCCGCUACACGCCUCCUGACUGUCGACCUAGAUGGAAGGUGGCCAUCAUCAUCCCGUUUCGUCACAGAGAAAACCACCUAAAGUACUGGCUCCACUACCUCCACCCUAUCCUCAGACGGCAGAGGAUUGACUACGGCAUCUACAUCAUCAACCAGUUGGGGGAGGACACCUUCAACCGUGCCAAGUUAUUGAAUGUUGGCUACACUGAGGCUUUGAAAGAUGCAGAGUACGACUGCUUCAUCUUUAGCGACGUGGACCUGAUCCCAAUGGACGACCGCAACCUCUACCACUGCUACGACCAGCCGAGACACUUCGCCAUCGCCAUGGACAAAUUUGGCUUCAGGCUGCCCUACGCAGGCUACUUUGGAGGAGUUUCAGGCCUCAGCAAAAAACAGUUUCUGAAGAUCAACGGUUUCCCCAACGAGUACUGGGGCUGGGGAGGGGAGGACGACGACAUCUACAACAGGAUCACUCUGAAUGGGAUGAAGGUGUCCAGGCCAGAUGUUCGCAUUGGCCGCUACAGAAUGAUUAAACACGAGAGAGACAAACACAACGAGCCCAACCCACAGAGAUUUAAUAAAAUACAGAACACGAAGAACACAAUGAAGAAGGACGGCAUCAGCUCUCUGACCUACAGAUUGGUUCAGGUCAAGAGGUACCCUCUGUACACAAAUAUCUCUGUGGAGAUCGGCAAACCACCACCCCGGCCUUUUAAGGGCUAGAGAGAGAAACAGAGAGGAAGAUGAAUGGGGUCUGUGCACAUUAACUGGAGGGAAAAAGACGAGCAGAAGAGAGCUUAUAAGAAGGAAAUAAAGAGAACACACAUCCUUGAUAUCUGGAAAUAUGCAGGAGUGAAAAAGAGAGGAAAAAGUUUCAAGCACAUCAUUGUCUCUUUCUCCCUCUUUACCUCUCUCGGUUUUUUAUUUUAUUUCAGCUUGCCAUUUCUGUACCCAUGACUCAGGCUGUUUCCUCCUUCAGCUUUUUCAAGCAGCCAAUGGCUUCACACCUCCCACCUUUACCAAUCAGUGACUUCAAAAUUGAAGAGUGUGGACCAAAGGUCGAAUAUCAGUGGCUGACCGAAGGUUGGCGUCAAACUUGGAAGCUGAAACUUUGUCUCUCCAUUAACAAUCUUUUGUAAACUGGAGAGGGCAUCCAAGGAUAUAUUGACUGAGGAUAUUGACAGGAACUAUCGUUGGGAGAUUAGAGAUGAAACAAUAACAUCAUUGGAAAGUUUUCAUGGCCUGUUCGGAAAGACAAGCAUCGAGUGGGAUUUCUUGGAAUAUUUGACCAAGGUCAUUUAAACAACAUGAAAACAUGGGCUUUUUACAUGGAUACAAAGACAAGAGGACAACGGAUACAAGCAUUUACAGUGAUGGUCACAAGAAUGGGAAUUUCUAUUAGAGGAAAACUGUAACAUUAACAAAAUCUGAUGACAUGCAGUUACAGUCUAUGGAAUAGUAUCUGAUGGACUGCAUAUCAGAGAAAUCAGCUGACUCUUAUCUUGACAAAUGAUGCUAAUAGACAAUUUAAUAUUGACGUUUUUGUCAGGGAGUCAUCUGUUUGGAUCUAAUUAAUCAAUCAAAUCCUCCGUUAUCAAUUAAUGAAUGUGUAUUGUGCCUGCAUCUACCGCAGAAGACUCAAAAACAGUGCUGGGACACGCUGAUAAAACAUGUUCGUCAGCAGCAACAAACUCCUGAGAACUCUCUUUUUGUUCUUUUUUUUUAAUAUAUUAACUGAAAGUUUGGAAACAGAAACUGACUUAGUGUAGUGUCAGAAAAGGUUUGCCAACAGAAGUAAACAUAUUGAAGAUAUGAAAGGAUUUAUCCUGUGCUGAAUGCAGUGUGGUGGAACUACCUUGGGAAUGCGUUUUAAAUCAUCGAGGAACUGAAGACAACAAGGCAGAUAUAUACUGACAGCUCAGUCAUGAUUGUAACCCCAUGUGGCACAUAUUGGAGAUUAGGUUUCUGGAAACUUUGUUUUUUCACUCCACUAGAAGAAAGAUAGAGGUUUAUUUUGGUGAUCUGGGCUUAAAAGGUACAUUUUUGUCUCUACAAGAUGCAAAUGCCUUGAGGUACAUUAAUAUUCCUUAAGGUACAGAUUUGAUGAAUUUUACAUUAGAAAACUGGACUAUUACCAUAUUGGGGCACAAGGGGGUUAAACAUUAGAAAUGAGCUGUCAGGAUGAAGUCAUGACUCAUGUUUUACAGGAAAAAGCGUUGUGGAUACAAAAGCUGACUCUUUUAUACUGGCUCCAUGGACAAAGCUAGGUGAAAAGUAAUGCUUUUUGGAGGUCAUUCUUUAGCCUACAAUGUAACCUGGGAGUCAGAUUUUUUUAAAUCACAAUUCAUUUAAACUCUAUUGCUAUUGUUACUAUGCCACUUUCUCUCUCUGCUAUCUUUUUCUUUCAAUCUUUGAGAAAAAGACUAUAUCAUAUCCGGAAAGAGGAAAUUAUAAGGUGAUAGUCUUCUGUUGGUGGAAAUUGUGAAUUUUAAGGCAGUAAUGAGAAGUUAUCGUUUGAGUGAUUUGACUGACAUCUCUAUUGCUGCUUCAGAUUUUAUCAUUAUCAGCUGUCAGUUCUGUAUUGGAAUCUAUUAAACCCACUUUUUAGUUCAUAAAUGAUGGGAAUCAAAAAGUCAGAGUUACAUUUUUUUUUAUUAAAACUGUUUUAAUUUUAAAACUUUUUUGUCUCAUAUGAGUUUCAGAACUUUCCCUGUGUGAAAAAGGAACAAGCAAAAUCUUUCAUCAUGGUUUCCUACAUCAGUGAAUUAGAGCCUUUGACUGUUUUAUGCUUUGAUACAUCACGUUUUAUUUUUCCUCUACUGUCUCUACUGUUCAUGCUGGUGCUGUUGACGCCUGAACACCAAACUGAUGCCUUCAGAAGUUAUCUAUACUAAGGGGCCGGGAAGGUUGUUUUUAAUUUAAAGGUAAUUUUUGGUUGUAAAAUCAAUCGAUGUAGAUGUGUUUUUUAAGAUGGGUAAUACAGAAAUUAACACAUUUGUUUUAAUUUAAAAAUGAAAGAAGAAAAAAAACAGAUCCAGAUCAUGAAAAAUCUAUACAAAAUACUUCCACCUAUCUUUGAAUUUUAAACAGACAGAACAUUUUUGUGCAAUGUUGUAACUGUCUGAAUUUAUAUAAUUCGGAGCAAUUUGGGGCUUUUAUUUUGGUGAAAAUUGUGUAUUGUUGGCCGCCUCUUUGGUCAGCCUUGAGGCAAAAAAUGUUCCCAUCUGUUUGGCUCUCCGUUAUCUUCGCCUCAAGCCUGUUGGAAGGUAUGAUUGCUCCUCUCCAACACAAACUCCCUGCUACACACACACACACACACAUGCAUUCACACUGACUUCCCUUUUUUCUUUGCAUUAUCUCCCCUUUCAUUGCCUUUUCUUUCUUACUCUGCCAGUCCAGGCUGUGUGUGUCAAUGGCACUCUGUUGUGCUUUGUGGUGGGCCCACUUCAGGCACAGCUGUGUCUCACAAGAGUGCUUCUUCUUUCAAUAGAUAUCGACAGAGCCUCUCUUUGUUUCUUUGAAUCUGUGCCACUUACUGUAUCUUUAUUUUUGUUUUUAUUCUCUCCCUCUGAGUACACAUCCCCAUUUGUGAAUCCCCCCCCAUUCUCUCCCCCACUUUAUCUGACUCUCCUUUCCCUUUUCACCCUCCCUCCUUUCUGUAUUUUGGUACUUCAGAGUGCAGAACUCUCCUGGUGAGUUUCAGUGUUCUCAGUGGGAAGACUACAUGUGGAGAGCUCAACACAAUCCCUUCUCUAUACUGUUUACAGCUUACCCUGUGCAAUAUUACAGAUUUGUUCACAUCUACCCCAUAUCCCGCUUUAAAGUCAUUGUUUUCAAGUGGGAUAUGAGGUGCUUAUAUUCUUUUUGAAUGUUUCAGUUCAGUUUGUAAUGCAGACAUGCUUUUUUCCAAAUAGAUUUCUUUUGCCUCUAAUUCACCUGUCGAUUUGAAAUCCUUAUAAUCAGUACACAACAGACAAAAUGACAGCUAUUGCUUUGAUUUUCCCCAUUCUUACAGUAAUAAAGCGGCACUCCAGCGAUUUAGUCUUUUACUUCCAUAAAGUUGGGUGACUUUUGAGAGACAGAUUUAAAAAAAGGAAUGGACAAAACUGAAGCAGUAGAGGUCGGGAUAGCCUGACUUUUAGUCCCUAGCACGGGUCAAGAUCCAUAAACACUGGAUCCUACAUUUCUCAUAAUGCACCUGGAUAGUAUCUUUCAUAAAGUUGUGAAGUGGGAGGAACUAUUUUGGGCGCCCCUGGUUAUGGAAGUAAAGCUAAAAGUCAUUUUUCCCAUAGACAAUGUUAUGCCGGCUUCAGACUACACAACAUCAGCCCAAUAAUAGCCUGACGACAAAUCUCCUGGUUAAAUCAUCAGUACAAAAGAUUAAGAACUCCAUUAGAAAAUGUCGGAUUCUCUGCUAAAAAGUUAAAGUUACAAGCCUGUAUACAUAAAAACUUUGGUGGAAACAUUAACAACAACUGCCAAGAUGCAUUUCAGCAGAAAACAUCCAUCACAGAGCUUAAAAUUCUGUUACAUGCACCACUAACAGCGGGCAGAAGCUACAGAUUACGCUGUUUGUACUGAUUGUACAAUCUGCAGCUUAAAUAAAUUCACUUUGGAUUCCUGGGUCAAUUAUGGACAAAUUUUCUCAACUAUGGCGCUGUGUUUUGUUCUCAAACUCAAAUGGGGAGAAACACUUCUGGAAGCAGUGGCUCCUCCUACUUCACAUCUAUAACCCUGAUGACAUCAAGGUUUUGUUUUUUUACUUUUAAAAACCUCCCUCCAGAGCCACAGAUGAAAUUAUACAGCUGUUUUCACAGGUUGAGAAGUACUCCUCAUGACGAGUAAACUUCAUGUGUAAAAUUGGUGGAGUUAAUUAAGAAUUAAUUCUAGCUUCAUCAAGGCUACUCUGAUAAAUUACAGGCGACCCUGUAUGAGGCUGGUUACAUGAAGAAAGUGCAAGCUGAGGAGUGACAGUUAGUGAAAAAAGGAAGGAUAUAGCAAGAGAGGCAUGGCCCCAGUGUGUAUAAACAGUAACAUGGGAUAUAGAUGUAAAGAUCAGCAACAGAAACUUCAGCAAAAAUAGUAUCUGAAACGUUUUCUUUACUUGAGAAUAAGAAGAACCGUGAGGAGUGCCUGAUGUUUCUUAUUGGACAUUUGACUUUUGAAGCUGUUCCAGUUGUCAAGCACACCUCAGGUGGUUAAGUAUUCGAAAACUUUUUUUCAAAUACAUUUUUUUGCUUGAGAGCAGACAGGACUUUCAGGCCUGUGGGCAUUUUUAAACAUUUACUGUAUCUCUAGCUAUGGUUUUUUUGUACAUUGAAUGUUGAAAAUGUUAUAUCUUAUAUAGAAUGCAUUAUGUCAUAUCAAUCCUACUUUUUCUAUACAAUCAAUAAAUCUGAUGGUUAAAGAUUG